AUGGUCGAAAUCAAUCCCCGCGCUGAGAUCAAAGAUGGCCGUGUUACGGUAUGUGACGCUAAGGUCAAUUUUGAUGACAAUGUGCAGUUCCGGCAGAAGGACAUCUUCUCUCGAAGAGACGCUAGCCAAGGGGAUCCCAGAGAGGUUGCCGCCUUUGAAUGGGAUCUCAACUACAUUGGCUUGGAUGGUAGCAUCGGUUGCAUGGUCAAUGGUGCUGGCCUUGCUAUGUUGAAAGACAUCACCAUUUCAGGUGUGAAAGAUGAGGCUUUCGCGUUCAACAUCUUCUGCGAAUCACAACGCAAAAGUUUUGAACUUGUCAGAAACAUGCUAAGUAUCCACGCUGUAAUGUGA